AUGGCCUGUGAAUUUAAUCUGAACUUCCUUAAGGAAUUGGAACGAGAGGCUGUUCUGGAAGUCCUAUACCGUGACCAGAUGGUGAGAAAAACGGAGGAGGAAAGAAUAAGGAAAAUGAAACUGCAGCUGCAGCAACUUCGGUGGAAGGGGGCAAAAAAUGCACGGUGUGAGUACCAGGAGAGAUCUUGUGCUCGCUGUCAGAAGUCGCUGGGGCUGCUGGUGAACAGAGGCGCCGUGUGCAAUGGAUGCAGUCAUCGGGUGUGCUCGGAAUGCCGUGUCUGCCUGAACCCCUGCCUUUGGAAAUGCACCAUUUGUUAUGCUCAUGGAGAUGUGAAAGUGAAGGCUGGUGAAUGGUUCUUUGAGGAACGAGCAAAGAAAUAUCCAGGUGAAGGCAGACAUGAAACAGUUGGUGCAAAGCUAUUGGAAUCUUACCAGAAACUGAGUAAAAUUUCUGUUGUACCUCCAACUCCACCUCCUUUCACAGAAUCAGCAGCAGGAGCCAAUGUGAUGGGAAAUGAACUUGGAGAGUCUAAAAGGUUUAAUAAAUCUGUGGAAAACUUGUUUUUGUCUCUCACAACACAUAUAAAAAAAAUAUCAAAGUCCCAGAAUGAUAUGGCUGACAGAUGUGCCCUAACCACAGAUUAUGGGAAGAAUGUGGAAAGAAGAAAGCAAAGAAGGAGCCAGUCUGACACUGCAAUCAACAUUACAAGCAGGAUAAAAAGUACACCCAGUCUGCAACACCUCAUCGCUGGGGCCCAAAAUGACAGUGAAACUCAGAGCAAAAGUCAUUGCAAGGAGGAAGAAGGCAUAACAACCAGUCCCACAAGUGAUGCAGUUUUCUGUGAUGGCAGAAAAUAUGGGAGCUUAUAUAGUCUUAGCAGCACUUGCACUGAGUCUGGCAAUUUUGGCAAGGCUAACAUCACAGGAGAAAUAGAGUUUGCCUUAAAGUACAACUUCAGAGCUUGCAUCUUGGAAAUCUGCAUCAAGGGAUGCAAGAACCUGGCUUAUGGAGAGGAGAAGAAGAAAAAAUGUAACCCGUAUGUGAAGGUUUAUUUACUUCCCGAUAAAUCUCCUUGGAGUAAGAGGAAGACAGCUGUCAAAAAGGGGACAGUGGAUCCAGAGUUUGAUGAGACAUUGAAGUACAAGAUUGAACACUCCCAGCUGAGAAGUCGGCAACUUCAGAUCUCUGUGUGGCAUGCAGGAGCUCUCAAAUAUAGGGUGUUUUUGGGAGAAGUGGUGAUUCCUCUGGCAGCAUGGAAUUUUGAAGAGGACUCAAUGCAGUUUGACUGGUACCCACUCAAACCCAAGCUUGAAAAGCCUGAAGAUGAUCUUAUCCAGUACAGUGCUGAGCUCCUGGUGUCUACAAGGCUGUCGGUACCAGCCCAGUAUCAGAACCUCCAGUUUGAAGGAAACAAAGACCAAGGAGUUCUUAACUGCCAGCUUCAGGUUAUGUUAUUUGGGGCCAAGAACUUGCCCAUGCUGAGAUCUGCUGGAAUGCUGAACUCCUUUGUUAAAGGUUGUCUAAUCCUUCCAGACCAAGCAGAGGUAAAGCAAAAGUCUCCUGUUUUGAAGAAAGAAGGCUGUCCACAGUGGAAACACUUGUUUAUCUUUGAUGGUGUGACCCCAGCUCAGCUACAGCAAUCAUGUCUACACCUGACUGUCUGGCACAAGUCAACUUUCAGCUCAAGUGAUCAGUUCCUAGGAGGAGCCAAGCUUGGUGCAAAGGAAUUCUUUGGCCCUAUGGACCUUGCUUCUCAGGGAGUGCUCCAAUGGCAGGAAGUGCUUCGCAACCCAAACACAUGGAUGGACUUCACACUUGUACUGCAUUCAAAUAAGGAAAACUUUAAAUCAUGAGAGAUAGCAACAACCUUUCCUUUCCCAUGUCUGAUGUCUUAAACAGAAGUGGUACAUAUGC